AUGGUCGGCAAGCUCGGCCUCUUCUCCCCCAACGAGACCAAGGAAGACGUCUCCACCGCCAACCUCAAGUACCUACUCGAGUUCAUGGCUCUAUGUGAAGUGCUGGAGCUUAUUCCAGAGGAUGAGCUAGAAUUAUCUAGACAGAAGCAACCUGAUACUAUGGCUAACAGAAGAGCACAGAAGGUUGCCCGGUUCAAACGUCAAAGGGCUUCAGAAACAAAGCUCCAAGAGAUCAAAGAGAGGAAAGAAAGGCGUGUACGUUCGUUGAGGGCAGCUGCUUUAUCUGCUCCUAUUGAAACUGGGGAGGAAGAUGAUCUGGAAGACGAUGGGGAGGAAGAAAGAGAGGCGUGGUUAGCUACUAUCUCAUCGGCUCUCUGCAAGGCUUUUGAUCUUCUUGACAUGCUGAAGAAGGAAGAAGAAAUGCUUCUAGCUGUAAAGGAAAGGCAAGCAAAGGACGGGAAUGCGUUUGCUCGUGAAAUGCUAGAUGAACGAACAAAGAAGGCUGAAGCAUGGCACCAUAAUGCUGCCAAACGUGUGCCAUAUUCCAAACCAGCUGAUCCAAUCACUUGCGCAACAUUAGCUCAAGACAUCCUCGAAGGUAGAGCGAGUGUCUCAGAAGCUCAUGAGCACAAAUACCAGCCCCUGAUACUCGGACCUGCAAGCCUUGUUGGUGGGGGACUAACCAGUGGAAGGGAAAGAAUUGCAGCACAAGUUUUUCAGCCUGGUUACAGGCUGCCAACAAUGAGCAUAGAAGAAGCUGGUUUGCGGGAGAUGAAAAUGAUGGAGAAAUGGCAAGAAAGGACCGCCAAGAUGAUCGAAGAAGCCAACUCUGCCUGGCACAAGGAUGGCGCUAGUUGUUCGGCGCGAGAGGACGAGGAUGCCGGGGAGGAGAAAGCAAGAGCAUGGGACGACUGGAAGGACGAUAAUCCUCGCGCGUGGUGCCGGCAAUAA